AUCAUCCCCUACUUGAACCCCUUCAACAAGUCACAACUAAAAAAGUUUUCAUCUAUAAAACAUUCGAGUCUUCCAUCAGUCGUUAUCUUGUACCUUGAAGCUACCACCCAAAACAAAACUCGAAUUUUUUCUUCUCUUGUUCCCACAACAUCAUCAUCACGAAUCCUUCAAGAUGAAGAUCACUGUCAUGACUGCUGAUGAACAAAUUCUCACUCUGGAUGUGGAUCCCAACGAAUCUGUAGAAAACGUCAAGGCAUUGCUCGAGGUUGAGACAAGUGUGCCUCUUCAGAAGCAACAACUUCUGUUUAAUGGGAAGGAGGUGAGGAAUCCUGAGAAGUUGAGUGCCCUUGGUGUUAAGGAUGAUGAUUUGCUAAUGAUGGUGUCUGGUGGUGGUGGUGGUGCUGCUGCUUCUAGUGGAUCUGCCAAUGAUUUGAGCUUCAAUCCUGAUGGAUCUGCUGUAAACCCUAGUGCUUUCCAGCAGCACAUCAGACGUGAUUCUAAUAUGAUGGGUCAGCUCUUUCAGAGUGACCCGGAGCUGGCACAAGCUAUUCUAGGGAAUGAUCUGAAUAGACUGCAGGAGAUUUUACGAUUGCGUCAUCGCCAAAAAGAUGAAUAUCGGCGUCAGAAAGAAGAAGAGCUUGCUCUUCUUUAUGCUGAUCCUUUUGAUGUUGAAGCACAAAAGAAGAUUGAAGCUGCCAUCCGUCAGAAAGGAAUUGAUGAAAAUUGGGAAGCUGCACUUGAACAUAAUCCUGAAGCUUUUGCUAGAGUGGUCAUGUUGUAUGUAGACAUGGAGGUUAAUGGUGUCCCACUGAAGGCAUUUGUUGAUAGUGGAGCCCAGUCUACCAUUAUAUCAAAAAGCUGUGCUGAGCGAUUGGGAUUGUUGAGACUUUUAGAUCAGCGUUACAAAGGAAUUGCUCAUGGAGUUGGUCAAUCAGAAAUAUUGGGUCGUAUACAUGUAGCUCCAAUCAAGAUUGGGACUAUAUUUUACCCUUGCUCAUUCUUAGUGUUGGAUUCUCCCAAUAUGGAAUUUCUCUUUGGGCUGGAUAUGCUCCGAAAGCACCAGUGUAUAAUUGAUUUAAAAGAUAAUGUUUUGCGAGUUGGUGGGGGAGAAGUUUCUGUGCCAUUUUUGCAAGAGAAAGACAUACCAUCUCGGUUUUUUGAUGAGGAAAAAUUAUCUAAGGAAGCUUCUACCUCAGGUGGCCCAGUUACUUCAGGGAGCAAUAAUCCAUCACAGGGAGGUGUAUCAUCUGGAGGAGCUUCUGGUGACAAGUCUAAGGACUCUGCUUUUGAAGCCAAAGUUGCUAAGCUUGUUGAGCUGGGAUUUGGAAGAGAUGAAGUUAUACAAGCCCUUCAGUUAUGCAAUGGCAAUGAGGAACAGGCAGCUGGAUUUCUCUUUGGCUGAGAAGAACAAUUUUUUUUUUAUUUGAAAGGAUUAAUUUAUUACUUGAAACAACUUUCAUUUUUAGCCAAUUUCAUUAUAAAUUCUAAAACUAAAUUGUAAAUGUUGUGGCAUUUAUUCUGAAUUGUUUAUACUGAGGAUUUUUUUAAAUGAUACUAUCAAAGAAUGCAUUCUUUAUAGUGGUUGAAGAAAA